GUCUACCUCAACCUCUCCACCAAGAAAUUCAUCGUCGACAAGAAGAAGCUGAAGCCCUCCCGAAUCGCACUCGCACAUUCUCUUUACCCCGAGGGCGUCACCUCCGUCUGCUUGCUCGUCAAGGACCCGCAAAGAACGUACAAAGAUUUGGUCGAAGAGGCUGGAUUAGGCGAUUUGGUACAGCGCGUGAUCGGUGUCGGAAAGUUGAAGGCAAAGUGGAAGACGUACGAGAAGAGACGACAACUCCGUGACACCCACGACCUCUUCCUCGCAGACGACAGAGUCGUCCCUCUCCUCCCCGCCCUCCUCGGCAAAGUCUUCCUCGAGAAAAAGAGAAAUCCGGUUCCGAUCUCCCUCUCUGGCGCCGAAACUGCCGAGCAACUCAAGAAAGAGAUUCGUCGUGCGACUAAUGCGACAUACGUCCACCUCGCCCCCGGAACUGUGACCUCAAUCAAGGUCGGAACGACCGGCAUGCCCGCCGAGCACGUCGCUGCAAACAUCGAGAAAGUCGUCGAGGCGCUCGUGGAGAAAUACGUCUCCGGAGGCUGGAAAGGCAUUCGUAGGUUCGACAUCAAGACUGCCGAGUCCGCUUCGUUGCCGGUCUGGAUGACGGAG